AUGAGCGGCAACGGAGAUUUGAACAACACUCAAGCUGGAAGGACAGCAGUCGAGUUUGCCGCCGAUCCGUCCUUUAAACACAAGUCCUUCGCCAUUUCCCGAGACCAAGAUGACGCCGCAAUCCGUGACCAAUACCGCCCUUAUCUGUUCGAAGGCGAGAUGCUCUCUGACGAUUGGGUUGCCGAUCUAGAGCUCAGCACAGCGAUGAAGAUGGUACAAUCAGAAAUCCUGGACAAGAAACUUGAUCGUCUUCGUAUUCUGGUUCUCUAUGGUAGUCUGAGAAGCCGAUCAUAUUCUCGUCUUCUCGCCCUUGAAGCUUCACGUAUCCUCUUCCGUCUUGGUUGCGAUGUCAGAGUUUACGAUCCAGCUGGUCUACCUCAAAAAGACGAUGUUCAGCAUACUCAUCCUAAAGUCCAAGAACUUCGAGAGCUGAGUAAAUGGAGCGACGGACAUGUAUGGAUCAGUCCAGAACAACAUGGCAACUUGGCUAAUUCUUUGUGGACCGGCAUCUUCAAGCAACAAAUAGACUGGAUCCCCCUCUCAACCGGCUCCGUCCGCCCAACCCAAGGUCGCACCCUCGCCAUGGCCCAAGUCAGCGGCGGAUCCCAAUCCUUCAACGCCGUAAACUCUUUACGUAUUCUCGGUCGCUGGAUGCGCAUGUUUGCUAUUCCGAACCAAAGCUCAGUACCUAAAGCUUAUACCCAAUUUACUCCUGAAGAGGAGGGAAGUCGAAUGAUGGCUAGUGGGAAUCGCGAUCGGCUGGUGGAUUGUAUGGAGGAGCUUGUUAAGUAUACUAUUGUUAUGAGGCCGCAUUUUGAUCUUUUUGGGGAUCGUUUUAGUGAGCGGGAGGAGAAGAGGGUUAAGGAGGAGGGGAAGUAG